AUGUUGCCAACUAAGGACCCAAACCAAUUCAAUGAAACGACCAUGGUCCAAGAAAACGAUUUCAUGACUGCUAUUUUCCACGCAAAGAAGUGCGAGAAGUUUCCACAAGACUACCGCAAAGAACUGACGCCAAAUCACAUCGAGAAGUUCCGCGCCGUCCCCAAACAAUUUUCCGAUCAAGUUCAAAAGUGUGCGGGGAACUAUUUAGACAAGAUAUCUAUUACAGAGAGAAGUCACAUGGAAGACGAAAUGAAAUUACCCGAUAUCGACGACUCGACUGGGUUAAUCGACGACUCCGAUCAUAUCAAAGAUGACUACAAAGAAGGUGUAGACUAUGUUUUACUCUCAAAGAAGAACUUUGACUUCAUGAAGAAAAUUUACUUGUACGUCAGACCAAACACUCGAUUCCCAGCACUUCCUGUUGUUUACAUUGAAAAGCUCCAAAACUCAUUUGCGCGAUACACAGAGAAGGACGAAGUCAUUUUGAAAUUGACGGUGAAAGCUCUCGACGGGACUCAACGUGAAGAAGAACGCAAAGUCAAGUUGUUCACCUGUGUGUCACUUCAAACCACUAUCAAGAAGCUGAAGAAACUGUUCAAAGCAGAAAUCAUCUUCGAGAACUACGACGUUGUCGUGACUGACGGCGACAAAGUGGUCGACACCAACAAAACAGUCAAAAGUAUUAUUGGAAAUACUCACACUCUAACUGCGGUGAUCGAAGAAAAGGCUAAACCGACAUUCCCGGAUCCAGAGCCUGAAACCGAUUUAUACCCGUCACACGGUGUCGAAGAUGCCGCACCAUCUCUUUCAGCUUAUAGUUCGAGUUGUACUGCUACAGAUUAUAACAAAUACACCUCGUCCAAUUAUAAUAAGUACACUUCAUCAAGUUACAGAAACUACUACGAUGACGAGAAGACAAAGGACGGAACAAAGGGUGUGUGUGGUCUUCGCAAUUUGGGAAAUACAUGUUUCAUGAAUAGCGCAUUGCAGUGUCUACUCCAUACAAUGCCACUCAACGAAUUUUUCAACACCGCAAAUUGGAGUGAUGAUAUUAAUACAGACAACCCUCUUGGGACUGGAGGAAAGCUCGUGAAUGCGUGGAAAGUGCUUUUGGACAAGUACUGGGGUGGGUACUCGGUUUUGUCUCCAAGAGAGUUCAAAAGUGCGAUUGGAGAAUUUGCGCCACAGUUCAGUGGGUAUCAGCAACAAGACUCACAAGAGUUACUGUCGUUCUUGGUUGAUGGGAUACACGAAGAUCUCAAUAAAGUGAAGAAGAAACCCUAUGUUGAAAUUCCGGAUUACAAUGGCGAAGGGGAUGAAGUUUGGGCACAAGAAGAGUGGAAGAGAUACAAGAUGAGAAACGACUCGAUCAUCACAACACUCUUUGCCGGGCAGUUUAAGUCGAAUGUUGUGUGUGAUGUCUGUAAACACGUCAAUUUGAGAUUUGAUCCAUAUGUGUUCAUCAGUUUGCAAUUACCAAACAAAAUGUCGACCGUAUCAUUCAACGUGUAUGACAAAGAAUUCAGGCACUCGAAGAAGGCGAAAGUUUCAGUCAAGGGAAAGACGUUUGAACAAAUAGUUGAGGAAGGACUGAAGAGUGCAUCGUUCACACAAGACCCAAAAGACUUUAUUGUUGUUGAACUUGGAUAUGGAAAUGAAGUGAAAGGUGUUGUGGAUAAAGACACUCCGAUUCAAAUUGGGUGUGAGUAUGGGAUUGUAGAAAAACAGGACAAGUGUGAGGAAUUUGUCGUGUAUGAUACUAAAGUGAAUUACUCGUCGUAUCGAGACUUCAGAAUGCCAGUCGUUUUUGAUAAGAAAAAGAGUCUUGAAGAAGUAGAUAAGGCACUUGUUGUGUUGUUCAAAGAUGAUUACAAGGUGAGUUCAUACUCUUAUUACAACAGAACUGAAACCAACGAAAAGAAGGAAGAGAAGAAAGAUGAAAAGAAAGGUGAUACCACUCCUCCAACUGGAACAAAAAACACAGAAACUAUUUCGAAUGCCAAAACAGAGAACAACGAAACAAAAGAAGUUGUUGUUAGCAACAACAAUAAGGAGAAAGAAUCUUCCAACAACAACAUGACCAACGCAGACGCUGCUAAGAAUGCCGAGAAAGAUGAUGAGAAGAAAGAAGUAUCAAAAAAAGAAGAAGAACAGAUCCAAAAGAAAGAAGAGAAGUAUAUUAAUGCGUUUGAAUACAAGGCUGUUUCUAGUGGUAUUGUCCAAGCUGUGAAUAUUGCCAAAGAAGGGUACAGAUACAUCAUUCAACCAUAUUCCUCAUACUACAACACAGAAGAAACGGAUCCAGUCACCUUAUAUGAAUGUUUCGAGUUGUUUGAAGAAGAAGAACACUUAACAGGAGACAAUACUGUCUACUGCUCAACUUGUAAGACACACCAAACAUGCAAGAAAAAGAUGGAUAUAUGGAGCACUAACGAGAUAUUAGUUAUUCAUUUGAAGCGGUUUGGGAGUGUUGGCGGAAGUGUUAGAGACAAGAUCUCAACACUUGUCGACUUCCCAAUUUAUGACCUUGACUUAACACAAUACGUGAAAAAGUAUGAUCCAAAGACACCCCCAAUCUACAACUUGUAUGCCGUCAGCAAUCACUCUGGUUCCCUUGGGGGCGGACACUAUGUUGCUUCUGCGCGUGUUGGGAAAGACUGGUAUGAUUUCAACGAUUCAUCGACUUCCAAAAUAGGAGAGGCAUCUAUAGUCUCGAAGAGUGCGUAUGUGCUUUAUUAUAUCAGAAAGGAUGUCGACACGUAUACUGGUGAUGUGCAGAAGGCAGAGAAAAAGCACGAGGAUUAA